AUUAACUGUGUCAAGUGGAGCCACAUUAAUUGAUGGUCAGAUAUUAGGACAGGUGUUAAAGGAAAUAGCUAAUGAUGCACUGGGGGUAGAAGAGAUGCAGGCAGAAUAUGACAAAGUGUCAUAUAGAGAAGAUUCUAUUGAUGGACCAGGGAAUAUUAGAGAACUUGCCAAUUCACUGAGAACCAAGUUCCAAGGUCCGAUCUCUGCACUGACCAAGAUCAAAGAUGCCAUUGAAGAUGACUAUGCCAGCUUCUCCAGUGUCAGAUCUAUGACACAGUGCUGCCAAGUGGUGGAAGCUACUUAUGACAAGAGGUUUAGUCAGGAGGUCAACUUUGACAAGGCCUGUGUUACAAUAGCAGGCCAGAGUUCAGUGAAUAAAAAAUUCCCCACGGCAAGGGUUGUUGAAGUGAUGAAGGAAAACGUCCGCAUCAAUCCAAAUCUGAAGUGGCAGUACUUUGGAGGAGAAGAUGGUAUACUUCUCAAUUAUCCUGCAGUGAAACCCACAGGUGUGCCUGACUGUGAUAGUUAUGAUCCAAGGUUCAGGCCAUUCUAUGUGUCUGCAGCCACUCCAGUUCCCAAAGACAUUGUGGUUGUCAUAGAUACAUCAGGAUCCAUGACAACAUAUCACAACAGCAAGACACUGCUCCAGAUUGCCAAAGAUGCAGCAAGAACAGUUGUGGAAACCUUGAGUGCAAAUGACAGGGUUGGACUUGUGUCGUUUUCCUCCGCUGCGUCCACGCCAGUGCUGUCAGAGAGCACCUGUUAUACCACGUCUCUAGCUGCUGCCACGCCACAAAAUGCCAAGAACUUGAAAAAAUACAUCGAUAGUCUGAGGGCAGGUGGAGCAACUAACUACCAAGCCGCUAUGGAAAAAGCGUUCUCGUUAUUCAAUAGUUCUGAGAAUUCCUUUAAAGGUGAAAAAAGAAAUAAAGUGAUAUUAUUCCUAACUGAUGGUAAAAGAACCCAGGGCGGAAAUCCUCUGGAGACCAUACGGGAUCAAAAUGCCAUCCUUGGCAACCAAGUCCUCAUCUUAACAUUUGGUCUCGGCCAGUCCCUGGAGGAAAGUUCUCUCGCUGAAUUGAGGAACAUGGCUGCCCAGACUUUAAGCAAUCAAUUUUAUGGGGAAAUUACAGCUGGCACCUUCACUCAUGUUACGGACCCAAAUCGUCUUCGUUCUGCCAUGGCGUCUUACUACGACAUCUUCAGCUCUACUGGCAGUCCCAUUAUAGACCCCCAGUUCUCUGUACCAUAUAUAGACUUAUUUGGGACAGGUCUCAUCACAUCAGUCUGCUUGCCUGCAUACCACAGUGGCCGACUAAUUGGUGUAGCUUGCUCUGAUGUUGCCAUGAGUGAACUCCUCUCUGAAGCCACCUACUUUGACAAGGGUGAACUGAGCUAUGCCUUUGUUAUCAAUGGCUAUGGCAGGACAUAUUCCCACCCUCUGCUGCCAAGACCCUAUGAUGUCACAGAUGAUCCCAUCUUUGUGGAUAUUCAUCACUUAGAGAGGGCACCUGCUGCUAAAUCUGUGAUUAGCUCCAUGAUCAGAGGCGAGGAGGGUAACAGCAGCUUUGUUUCCACCAGAACACAGGCCAGAGGAGAUGUGUUCAGAGAAGGUGUCAGCUUAACAAAUGUCAUGUCACAUUACUACUGGGCACCAAUUCCUGGGAGUAAUAUCUCGGUAUGUCUAGUCAUAGGAGAGGGUGACAAAAUCAGCGUGCCGUCACCUCAGACUGCAACGUCGGCCAUGUUUAACUACCACAGAUAUGACCUCAAACCUCCAUCAAGUCCAUGCAAGCACUUUUCUCGAUAUGCAUCGAAAGGCUCUAGUGCAGUGAUGCUCACCCCAGGGGCCUUCAGACAGCCAUAUCACUAUCUUAACACUGAGGAAACAGCCACCAAUGUCACACAAUAUGAGAGAUAUCUCACAGGACAGAGCUCACAAAACCCUGGCUUAAAGACCUCCAUUCUGGACAGUGUAGUGAUCACAUACAAAGCUGAAGAAAUCUGGAAGAGGAAACCAGCAGACUUUGUUGUGUAUAGAUCUAUUGGGACGAUGGACGGUUUAAUGAGACUUCUCCCAGGGUUGCAGCUGACGAAAAAUUACGACCACACCAGGAGAGCUUGGUUCAAGAGGACCUUAACAUACAAGGGCACAAAUGUGGUUUCACCGCCAUAUUUGGAUGUUUGGGGUUCUGGCUAUGUCAUAACACUCAGUCAUACUUUAUAUGAGGGAAAAUCUGGAGGAGUGCAUACACCCAAUGACAAAGUGACGGCAGUUAUUUUGACGGACUUCACCAUUACUUAUUUCUACCAGGUGAUUCAGGACAGAUACGUAAACUGUAGAGAUGCUGGAUACAGCUGCUUAGUGAUGGAUUCCAGUGGUUUCAUAGUAAUGCAUGAUGAUUUUGUAAAAGCUACUGACACGCCUGAUAUUGAAAAUGUACACAUUUUAAAAAAGGAACCUGUAAUAGGUUCAAACCUGGUCACAAGGGGGCUGCUGUCCAAGAGAAGCUGCCUGGAUUUUGAGUCAAUAAAGGAACAAUACUUUUGGCAGGUAAAUUUACCAAAUCCUAAUGGACUGGAUCUUAUGCAGAGCAGUCCAUCAUAUGAAAUACGACCAAUUCCUAACAGCAACAUUUACCUGAUAAUCUACAGCAAGAAAAUGUCAGAAAGUAUUUCUUGUUCUUGUCCUUUUGGUUCUGUGUCUCCAUCCAAGUUUGAAUGUUCUCCAAGACAAACAUGCGAGUGUCCCUGUCACAGCAAGGCUGACAACUUUAACUACUGUACAAACUUUUACACCUUAUUAUAUGAUUCGGCCCAAACCUGUGCCUCCCCAGCGCCUGACCUUACAGAUAUUGCCAAGGGGGAAGUCGAGAAGGUGAAAGACCUGGACCUCUGCAUCCCUGUGAACUGCUCAGCUAAAAGUUCCCAAGACUCCUGUUUCUCAGUGGCAGGGUGCAGUUGGUGCUCUCUGGGUAAAAGAGGAGAAACCUUAGCAUCCCCUUUCUGUGCUAGCCAGUCUGUAUGUUACUUUGGAAAACUGGCCCAGGAUCAGCCCUGCACCUCUGGUACCUGCUCAGAUCCUGAUGGUGGAACACAAACAUCAGGUGAAAACAAUGCAGGGGCCGUAGCUGGGGGAGUCAUAGGGGCAGUUAUACUACUUAUCUUAAUUAUCAUCAUAUUCAUGUUAUACAAGAAAGGAAAGAUCUGUGCAUCCAAGCCCAGGACACCAAGUAAUGUGAACAGCCCCGGCUCCAAUAACUUGGCUUUCUCUGAUAUAACCUCCCCCCCUGUGAACCCCUCUGCUCCGCCCUCCUUUGGACAUGUUGGCGUGGACCCCCCACCAAGUUACACUGAGGUCUAUCAGCAAGGGUUCACUUAUAAGUAACAGCGCUUUUUUUUUCAUCUUCAAAUUUCUUAUAGACAGGUGGUAUGAUUAGGAUGUGAGAGACAGAGCACUUGGCUUAAGCAUCACUUGCACUUUACAAGUCUUGCCAUUUCCUGAUAAUUUUAUCUGAAAUACUGGUAUCAGGUGUGUAUACGGGAUUGCAAUGAAAUUGCUUAACGUAGGUACAUGUUCCUCAUGUUGAAUAACGUGAUUUAUUCAUCACAAUUCACAUUUAAGAUGGGACAACAAAUUACUUAUCCCAUGUCACAUUCCAGACAUGUUAAUGUGAUAUUCAAUACAAAUUCACAUUCCAGAUGUGAUAACAUGAUUUUCAUCCCAAUUCACAUUCCAGAUGUGAUAAACAUGAUUUUCAUCCCAAUUCACAUUCCAGAUGUGAUAAACAUGAUUUUCAUCACAAUUCACAUUCCAGAUGUGAUAAACAUGAUUUUCAUCACAAUUCACAUUCCAGAUGUGAUAAACAUGAUUUUCAUCACAAUUCACAUUCCAGAUGAGCAAAAACACUGCUUUUUAUCUCUUUUUGUUCUUUGUAUUACAUAUAUUUAAUUAUUAACUAUUUUUAUAGGAUAUUAUUAUUAUUAUUAAUACUCAAGAGAAGUGAAGACAACUGAAUCUCUAUGCAUUAUAAUUUCCAUUUAACACAGUAUUGAGCAUUAUUUACAUCUUUGUCGAAUAUACUUUUUCUUCUAUACAAAAGAAAUAUCCAUUGAAAAUAUUCAUGUUUUCUCAAAGAAUACCCCACUCUGCCUGAAAUGAGAUUUUAGACUAUAUAUUAAUACAUAUCAUGUAACUGUCAUUGAAAUUGUUCAACUCAUCUGGAACACUGUUCAUCAUUAUCAUUUUGAAACCAGAUGGAGAAACUAAGCAGUUCAGAAAUGAUGCAUAUCUCUAUGGAAAAAAUAUUGCAUAAUAUACAGACAUCACAGGCAUUGUGAAUAUCUGAAUAUAUGUGUCUGAAUAUAAUUUUUACUGGAUUUAUUUUACAAAAAAAAGUUAACUAUGACAAAUUUGUCCUAACAAUGAGAACCCCUGCUGUAAACCAAGUAAAAGAAAAAAAUGUUAUUACUGGAAGAAUUAUUUAUGCUGUAUAAAUUAUUUAUAGUAUCACCUUGACCUUCGAAGAAAUGAUUUUUGCAGUGGUCUUAUCAGUCAAGGUAAAAACAGUUUCAGUCUGUAUCUGUGUGUAUGUGUUUACAGUUUAUAUUUAUAAUGUUAUACACUGGGACAGGUAAGAAUGGUUUUAUUGGCCAAUGACAAUUUUUUCCUCUGUCUUAGACCUAUUUUUCUUUUGCUCAAGUAACAGCCAUUUCAAUUUUUUUUUAAAUUUGAUAAUGUAAGCUUUAAUUACUCCAGAUGUUUUAUGCUGGGAACUUUUAUGGACACACUAUGCAAUGUACAAUAUCCUAGAUGUAUUUUGGAAAUAAUUUUCUGCAUUAAUAUGGUAUAUACAAUUUCUUUAAUAAAGUAGUAAUGAUGGGCACCUUC